CUGAGGGUCAGCGGCCCAUGAACACUCGUCGGAGUUGCUGUAAAAUCCGAGGGUCGAAAACACAGAUUGAAACUGAAGCUUAGAUACUAUCGAUCCUUCACCUAAUUUAAUUUAUAGUUUCAUCGACCCACUCUCCAAUUUUCCCACUACACCACACUCACCACCGACGAUAACAAUGACAGCUAUCUCAAAUUCUUUGGUUUUAACGAGAAAUCCUGCGGUUCAGCUCUCAACUGGACCACUGGAAAAAUGUCUCCAGAGUUCCACACCCACCAAGUUGUCAUUCAGCUUGAAUUGUCCUGGAAAAGUGCAACUUACUACCUCCAAAAGGGCACUUACAGUAAAGGCUGUAAAUAGUGAUGGUGGAAGGCCAAGCAAUGCAGGUAUCUUUGUUGGUGGCUUUGUUUUGGGAGGACUUAUAGUUGGUGCCCUUGGAUGUGUAUAUGCACCUCAGAUUAGCAAGGCACUAGCUGGCACUGACCGAAAAGCUCUUAUGAGGAAGCUCCCUAAAUUCAUCUAUGAUGAAGAAAAGGCUUUGGAGAGAACCCGAAAGAUAUUAACUGAGAAGAUUGCACAACUGAACUCCGCUAUUGAUAGUGUUUCUUCUCAGCUUCGAUCAGAAGAAGAUGCCCCAAAUGGAUCGACAGUGAACUCUGAUGAAAUUGAAGCUGCUAUAUGAGAUAGGCAGUGUACGUGUUGCUGGAUACUCGUUCUCGCCCACAUGGAAUUUCAUGGCAAGAAAUAAUAGCUGAACUGAUUUGUGAUAUCUUCUUCUUCUUAGUGAGCAGUGGGUUGUUUCCUCAAUUGUGUGGUGUUGUUGCUGCUUUGAGCUGGUUUAAUUUUAAUAAUAUUGCUUAAUAUACAAGUUAAGUUUUAUUUGAUGUUC